AUGGAAAAAGAGAUCAAGGCAUUUGUGGCAUUAAUACUGAGCCACCUGGGCAUUGGUCUGUAUUUUUUGUGGGCGUUAACUCCUGAGCGUAUCAUCAAGGCUUAUGGCAUCACAUAUUACCCUUCUAAGCACUGGGCUGUUGCUAUGCCUGCAUCUAUAAUGCUAAUAGUAUCUGUGACUGCUUUUUAUUGGCUUUUGAGUGAGCGAUCGAUGUUACCUCCGCUGGAUUCUCGUGCUUCCUUCGUCGACCCGGUUUCGCACCCUGAUCAUGCCGAAGAGUCAUUGAAAAACAGCACGCUUCACGAUAUCGCGUUAGCCACUGUCAACAAAAAGUUAUACGGUUGA